AUGUGGGGCCGAUGUCAGCAGAAAGGGCUGUAGCUGUAAUUGCUCAGGUAUCAAAUGCUCUAAUUCUGAUCGGAGAGUCACAGGAGCAUGUCACACUCCCGCCUCCUCUUUUAAGGAAUCUGGUUUUAUUGUUGGAAGAAACUAUUAAAUAAGACAGAAUGACUGCUGCAGAAAUAGUGAUGAAGCGAGAUGAUCCCAACAUCGCCUGGGGGUUCAGACUUACAGGAGGCUCAGAUCUUGGAACUCCCUUCUAUGUUGUUAAAGUUCUGGGCAGGGGCCACGCAGAGAGGGCUGGCUUGAGGGUGGGUGACAUGGUAUAUGCCAUCAAUCACAAGUAUAUCAACACAUUCUCGCACAAAGAUGCUCAGAAUGCCAUCGUACACACUGGGGACACCCUCAUUCUGAAUAUAAAAAGAGGCCCUCAUGGUGGCCGAGGCACCCCCUUGCCUGACUACGUUGACCCGCUGAUGGGUAUCGCUCCCCCACCACCCACAGAACGACCAAAGCCUGUUCCUCUCCCGCCAUAUGAGCCGCCCCCACCAAUCGUCAAAGAGCCUACACCUCCCCCUGAGUCAGACGAGGAGGAAGAAACAGAGGAGACGGUAGCAGCUUUCAAUGUCAAGAUCAACCCUAAAGGUCGGAUAGCGGCUAUUGAGGAGUUGCCCGUCACUCCUCCACCCUCACGGUCCUCCAGUCGCUGUCGGUCCAGGUCUCGAUCCGCCUCCAGAGAUCGGAGAGGCUCUUCGAAGCGAGCGUCACAGGUGCGGGAGAAUGGUGUCGGAGCCAGAGGCAUGUCUGGUCCAGGAGAAGCCUUCACCUACUCUAAGGAGGUGAUUACCCAGUACUCCACUGUUCUGUCAGCCUCCAACCAAUCAGGAGGAGAGACUGCACAGACGAUUAAUGAGUCCUUCAUCAUUCAUGGAGGUUCUGAACACAAAAUGGAAGAUAUAUUAAGCCCUGAAGACAUUGAGCGAGAUAUUUUUGAAGAGAAAAUGGAAGAACAAAAGAUCACAGAGCUUCUGACUGGAGAAGCAGAACUUUUAGAUCAAGGAAUUGUUGGCAUAAACUUUCAAAAGAUUAUACCCAAAACAGACUUCAUUAAAGAAUCUAGUGUAUUUAAGGAGCUGCAAGAACAACGUAUAAAGAAGGAAGAACCGGAGGAGGAACAACUGAAAAAGGAUCCAACAAAGAGGUUCUCGACAUUCUUACAAACACCAAAGAGACCAAUACCCAAACCUAAACCAAAACUGACACCGGUAGAAGAUUUGCCAUGGAAAAAACGGAUUGAAUCACCACUACCGGAGACACCAGUACAGCCACAGCCACAGCCACCACAACCUCUACCUCCACAGAAUAUACAAGAACAGAGUAUACAUCAUGAAGAGACGGUACAGUCAUCUACAACAACAUGGUCAGAGAGUGUACAUAUAGUAGAGGAACUGACAACACAAGACUCGAGAGAAGAGCGAGUGUAUGACGAGAACUUGCUGAGAGUGUCAGACGAGGAUGGACCUAUUAUAACAGAGGCAGUGUCCACAGAAAGUGUUUUUGAUGAGAAAGUCCGGUUCCAAGAAGGAUCUGAAGACAAAAAGGAAGACUCAGUUGAGGAGGAAACAAAAGAGAAUGUGACGAGAGAGGAACAAGAGAGCACUAAAGAGACAGAGUACAAGAGCGAGUUCGAGAGGCAGUUAGCAGUUAUCCAGAAACAGAUAGAGUCGAUACAGCAGCUGCCUAACAUGCUGCAAGCCAACCUGCAGGCUCUGCAAGAGCAACUCAAUAAGAUAGUUGAGGCCAAGGAGUCAGCAGAUAAAAAGGAGGUAGAGGAAGCUCUAGAACAUAAACGAGGUUCAAACUCACAUCUUCAGUGGAAGAUUGAUGUUACUGUGGAAGAAAAGACAGAGGAGAAUGCAGAGGAAGAUGUCCAAGAAGAAAAGACUGAAACUGUUGAUGAAGUAAUAGAGGAGACAAACAUUUGUGAGUCAACAGAGUUAGAAGAAACAAACGUUCUUCCAAAUGGUUAUGAUGAAAACUGCAAAAAUAUGGGAAAGCAACGCCAAAGAGAAGAUGGUGAGGGAUCAGUGUGUAAGCCUCCAAUGAUCAGGAAUUUUCCACGCACCGUGGCGGAGAGGCCUAUUGUGUUGCCUGGUGGCCGAAAGUGGUACAAACCACGAGAUGCUUACAAUGAGGACUUCAUUGCAGAGACCAUCAUCAACCAAUCUGAGGUUCUUGUUGGCUCGACUAUUGGAUUGAAUUUCCGCAAGUAUGAACCUCCAAAGUUUGACGCAGCCAACUCUGCAGUGUAUCGACUGAUCCGAGAAAUAGAGAACAAGUGUGAUGAUGGGGUUGGCCUACCAAUUGAGGGUCGACCAGAGAAACUUUUGGCUGAAGAGGAUUACUUUCCACCAAUUAGCAAAAGACAUUUCUUUGCAGCUCGUCUAGCCGCACAAACCAAUGAACAUGUAGAGAAAAUUCUGCAAGAUACUAAUGAAGAAGAUAUAAUCUCAGUAUAACUCGUACUGAAAUUGUAUGAGAUAACAACUACUGACGUCUCUUUCUGACUACACUCCAUCAACUCUAAUUUGUCCCUUUGGUCAUAUAUUUAUUUAUGUAAUAUAUAAUUAAAAUAAAUUUAACACUUAAGUAAAAAAUACAAAUAAUAUUGUAAUUAAAAUUAUA